AUGGACGCGACAGAGGUCGAUAACGACACCAGGGGGUGGAUCAUGUGCAUCGUGAGCGGAAUAGCCUGCGUCGUUGGCGCAUCUAUCAUUUGCGUCGAUUUGCUUGUGCGCUACAUCCCCGGGAAGCGCAACUUCAGGAUACAAGACAGCAACGGCUUUUUGGCCUGCUCAUUAAGCCUGAGCUUCGGUGUCAUGCUGUACUCGGCGUUGAACAGUAUGCUGCCUUCCGCAAAACAAUAUCUUAAGGAGGAUGGAUUUCAAGACCAGCUGGCAGGGUUUCUUAUGAUGGGUUGCUUUAUCGGAGGGUUUGUCGGUAUCCAGGUCAUUUCACGCCUGCUUCACCAAUACAUGCCGUCGCAUGUCGUGGACUGCGACCACUCACACGAUCACUCCGAGGUUGAUGCCCGGUCGCGCAGCCAAAGUAGAAAGACCUCGCUCUACACGUCGAGCCGCCGGUCGUCCCGGCGGCCUCGCCUCGAAAGGGUCGCCAAGAAUGGCCAUGCCACCGAGUCCACCCCUCUGCUCACCAGCGAGAUGGCUCAAGAAAACGGCGCCCCCCUCAUGCCUAAACGCCAUGCCUCGAGCAGGGGCAGUCUGAACCUCAAUACCACGCAUUCCCAUCCGGCCCGGACCUCUCGGAGCCGUGGUCCCACCAUCGAUAGACGACCGUCUAUGGCCCAAGUCCAACAGCGGGUCAUGUCCUUCGUCAAAGACACAAAGACCAACUGCGAUGAGGAGGGGCCGUGCUUUGGAUACACCGACCCUUGCGGCCAAGAGUGCUUCAAGCACUUGAGUAACCGCUCAGCGGCAGCCCCAAGACAUCCGACCAUGUUGCGGACAAGCACGGGAAGCUUUUUUGCUCACAGCCAUACUGACCUGGAGGACUUGGAGGAGCGCGGUUCUUCAUGCGAUUCGCCCAUCAGCGGAAAGGUACGCACGAGCCGUGCGACGUCCAGAGAGCCCUUGCCAGAGCAUCACGACGCAGAUCACCACAGUCUUGGCCACGAUCACGAUCACGAUCAUGGUCAUGAUCACGACGCUCAUAGCGAUGCCGAGCAAUUGAGCGAGGACGUUGAAGCGCAACACCACCACCACGUCCCGACCAACGCCUUCCUCUCCCUUGGCCUACAGACCUCGAUCGCGAUUGCGCUGCACAAGUUCCCCGAGGGAUUCAUUACCUACGCGACGAACCACGCCAAUCCGUCGCUGGGCUUCAACGUCUUCAUGGCUCUGUUUGUGCACAACAUCACCGAAGGCUUCGCCAUGGCACUGCCGCUGUACAUGGCGCUCGGGAGCCGCACGAAGGCCAUGUUCUGGGCUGCCAUCUUGGGUGGCCUCAGCCAGCCCUUUGGCGCGGGUAUCGCCGUCUUGUGGUUCAAGCUUGCCAAGCACACCCACCUCACCCCUAACGCCGUCGCGUACGCUUGCAUGUUCGCCAUUACGGCUGGCAUCAUGGUGAGCGUCGGUCUGCAGCUGUUUGUCGAGGCGCUCAGCCUGAACCACAAUCGGAACCUCUGCAUCUUCUUCGGAUUCAUGGGCAUGGCUCUGCUGGGCAUCACCAGCGCCAUCGCCUCAACGCACUGA